GUGUGCAGGGCCUGGAGUUAGAGCCUGGAGCCUGGAGCCAGGUUCUGGAAGGUCCUGGAGAAUCCUGGAGCAGCUCAGAUGUUUCUUAAGCAAUGGAUGAGUCAGCGUUGGAGCGUUACUUUGAUGACUCCAUUGCCAAUGAUUCCAGCUUCCUGUUGGGAGAGGAGCUGAGUCUUCAGAGCCCAGACCACCCUCUGCAGGACUCCUCUUACCUGUCAGAGAAGGCGGAGCUGGGGGAGGAGCUGGACCUCAGUUUUCUACCUGAUGAACUCAGCACACAGGAUGACACAGCAGAGGCUGCAGACGGUCAGACAACAGCUCACAAUGAAUCCCAGGACAGCGGCAUCGGUCUCAACUACAACUCCCAAAAUUCCACAGCAACAGCAGACGACCCUCUGGAAGGGACAUCUAUGUCUGGACUUGGGGCCAGUGCCUCCCCCUUCUGUCCCAUGACUCCAAUGACCCCGAUGACCCCGAUGACGCCUGUGACUGAGAGAUCAGGAAUCAUUCCCCAGCUACAGAAUAUCGUGUCCACAGUAAACCUGGGGUGUCCCCUGGACCUCAAGUUCAUCGCCCUUCAAGCCAGAAACGCUGAAUACAACCCAAAGCGUUUUGCAGCUGUUAUCAUGAGGAUCCGUGAGCCUCGAACCACGGCAUUGAUCUUCAGCUCAGGGAAGAUGGUGUGUACUGGAGCCAAGAGUGAGGAACAGUCGCGCUUGGCAGCCAGGAAAUACGCCAGGGUGGUACAGAAACUAGGUUUUCCAGCUCGCUUCAUGGACUUUAAGAUCCAGAACAUGGUGGCCAGCUGUGAUGUGUGUUUCCCCAUCAGACUGGAAGGACUGGUUCUGACCCACCAGCAGUUCAGCAGUUAUGAACCUGAGCUGUUCCCAGGCCUCAUUUACCGCAUGGUGAAACCCCGCAUCGUGCUGCUAAUCUUCGUGUCUGGGAAAGUGGUUCUGACUGGAGCUAAGGAACGAGCUGAGAUCUACGAAGCCUUUGAGAACAUCUAUCCGAUCCUGAGAGGCUUCAAAAAACAGUGAAGACAAACCGGCCUGUUUAUGUAAAUAGAACCAAUUAAAAUAUGAUUGGACGUUUAUUUUAUGUUGUAGAUGGUAGACACGUCGGUGUUUGUUUCGAUGUGUUUCAUGUUUAACCAUCCAAACAGAAGGAAACAAAUAAAGGAGCUUUCCAAACUGC